UCGCCAGUGGCGGCAAGCCUUUCCUAGUCCCUAAAGCGGCCCGGGGGCACGUUCUGGAUCUUUCCAACAGGGGCUGGCACACGCUAGAGGUCCCCGGCCUAUAACAGGUAGGGCGCUGUACUUAGCGGCUCGGUGCCGCCCUUCAUGGCUGCGAUAGCGGUGCCGAUAAGUGUGAUAAUUAUGUCAUGCCUGCAAACCCCGCUACCUCGAUUCAUUGCCCCUCCAAAUUUUUCGAAUAAAGUGAGCUUCCGGAUCACCUCCCUCAUCACUCAACACACCUACUUGUCGAACAGAUUGAAAAAAAGGAAAAAUAAAAUUCCACCGAGGAGAUACGCCCAAAGCAAUACAAAAUGCCCGCGCCCGAGGAACCUGCAAAUUCUGCUACCGCUUCGUCUAACGGCAUUUUCCAGCCCAUCGGCCAGGUAGCUAGCCAGCUCGCCCCGACCGCAAAUGGCACGAACGGCGCGAACGCGAACGGAACGAACGGAACGAAUGGUGCCGCACACACAACAGACCAGGGCGACGAAAAAGUCGUCGACGAGAUCGAGUCGCUAUGUAUGAAUUGCCAUGAAAACGGCACGACGCGCAUGUUGCUCACUUCCAUCCCCUACUUCCGCGAGGUCAUCCUCAUGUCCUUCUCCUGCGACAAAUGUGGCUUCUCCAACUCCGAGAUACAAUCUGCCGGCACCAUCCAGCCCCGGGGGUCGAGCUACCUGCUGCGGCUCACUGAGAUGGCCGACUUCGAGCGCCAGGUGGUCAAGUCCGACACGGCCGUUGUCAAGUUCAUCGAGCUCGACCUCGAGGUACCCGCCGGCCGCGGCCAGCUCACCAACGUCGAGGGCCUCCUCACUACCAUACUCGACGACCUCGCACUGGGCCAGGACGCCCGCCGCGAGCAGGCCCCCCAGGUCUACUCCCGAAUCGACGAGAUCAUCCAGAAGGGCCGCGCGAUGCUCGCCGGCGAGGCCUUCCCCUUCCGCCUCUCCGUCGACGACCCGGCCGGCAACUCGUGGAUCACGCCCAACAUGCGCGACGGCAUCGGCAAGUGGGAGAAGCACGAGUACGCGCGGACGCCGGAGCAGAACGAGGCCCUCGGGCUCGCCGCCAACGCCGGCGCCACGGAUCCGGGCUCGGCCGGCGGCGGCGGCGCUCCUGGCGACGACGACGACGACGACAUCAUCCCCGACCAGGUGUACGAGUUCCCGGCGACGUGCCCGGGGUGCAUGCACCCGUGCACGACCAAGAUGAAGAUGGUGGACAUCCCGCACUUCAAGGCGGUCGUGCUCAUGUCGACCGUGUGCGCGGACUGCGGGUACCGGUCCAACGACGUCAAGACGGGCGGCGCGGUGCCGGCGCAGGGGCGGCGCAUCGCGCUGCGCGUCGAGUCGGCCGAGGACCUGGCGCGCGACAUCCUCAAGAGCGAGAGCUGCGCGCUCGAGUGCCCCGAGCUCAGCCUGCAGGUCAACCCGGGCACGCUCGGCGGCCGCUUCACCACGGUCGAGGGCCUGCUCACCCAGGUGCGCGAUGACCUGCACAGCCAGAUCUUCCAGGCCGCCGGCGGCGGCGAGGGCGGCGGCGACGACUCGCUCCCCGCCGAGGACCGCGCCCGCUGGUCCGCCUUCUUCGCCGACCUCGACGCCGCCAUCCGCGGCGACAAGAAGUUCACCGUCGUCCUCACCGACCCCCUCGCCGCCAGCUACGUCCAGAAGGCCGUCGACCCCGACCAGGACGACCCCCAGAUCACCGCCGAGGACUACGACCGCACCGACCAGGAGGAGGAGGACCUCGGCCUGCGCGACAUGAAGGUCGAGGGCUACGCCGAGGCCGCCCCGAGCGGCGUCCCCGAGACGUGA